AUGUGUUUGCACCUGUGUGCCAUCACAGUCCAGGCCGGGGCCCCUGACCCCAACCCCAAUUCUCCCACCAAGGUCAGCAAGAAGGAAAGGAGGCUGGAGGGCAGCCACCAACGGCCUCGCGGCUACGCCGUUACUGUAGUUCCACCUGGGCCAGCCCAGGACCCGGUCCCAGGCCCUCAACUCCCCGCCCAACCUGCAACACCUCCCCGGGGGCAGGCCCUGACAAGCAACGGCAGCAACCUCCGGAUGUUGGAAGACAAAGUCCUCUGUCCCAUUUGCCUCGACGUGUUCUGCAACCCCGUCACGACGGCCUGCGGCCACAACUUCUGUAUGAGCUGCCUCCAAAGUUUCUGGGAUCACCAGGCCACCCUGGGCGAGGCCCACUGCUGCCCCCAGUGCAGGGAGAGCUUCCCCACCAGACCCCACCUCUGCAAGAAUGCCAUCCUGGGGGAGAUGGUGGCCUGCUUCACCCAGGCCAAGGGCCAGGCGUCGGGGCCCCUGUGGAACCUGGCGGGCCCCUGGGACGUGCCCUGCGACUUCUGCUCCCCGCAGAAGCUGCGCUCCGUCAAGUCUUGCCUGCAGUGCAUCGCCUCGCUGUGCGAGAAGCACCUGCGGAGCCACUUCGAGGACCAGGUGUUCCAGGACCACCAGCUGCUGGAGCCCGUGUGGGAUCUCAAGACCCGCCUGUGCCGCAAGCACCGCAAGCUGCGCCGGCUGUACUGCCGCACGGAGGGCAGCUGCGUGUGCGGGGCCUGCCUGCUGGAGGAGCACAAGAACCACGACACGGCGCCCAUGGAGGAGGAGCGCGCGCGCAAGGAGGUGGAAGUUCGGAAGGUCCAGGCUAAUGUGGAGAACCAGAUGUUGGUCAUUGCCUCCGACAGCCAGAAGCACCAAGGGCGGGUAGCCUUUCUCACAAAGCUGGUCCAAACAGUGCGAGAUGAGGUCAACUCCUGCUUCUCCGACAUCAUCCGUGAGAUCAAACAGCUGCAGACGAAGGUCUUGGAUUUUGUGGAGAAAGAGGAGGCUGUCGCCCUGGGGAAGCUGGACAGCUCCAUUCAACAGAACCACAGCCGGCUCCAGAAGCUGGAAGGCAACAAUAUGUGGCUCCACACCCUGCUCGCCAACCGAACCGAUGAGCAAUUCCUCCAGGAGUUCCCCAGGCUGAAGUACCUCCCGGAGUGCUUAGAGCCCCUGGUGGGCACCAACUGUGAGGAGCCCCAGAGCUUCCUGCAGCUGCCAGGGACGCUGGCUGAGUUCCACACCCAGCUGAUGGACAUGGGGCUCAGCUUCCUCAACCAACUCCUGCAGAAGGGCAUUAAGAUGAAAUCCUAUGAAGUGUUGCCUCCCGCUGUGGACAGGAAAACGCUCCUCCAGUGUUACUGCAACCUGAGCUUUGACCCCUCCUCGGCCAGCGAGGAUCUGUUCUUGUUCAAGGAGACGCAUUCGGUCCUGAACCUGGGCGUCGUGCUGGAGCCCUCGCCGCCCGGCAGCCCCAUCCCCGGCUUCAAGCAGUGGCCGCAGGUGCUGUGCUCCCGCGGCCUGUCCGAAGGCCGCCACUACUGGGAGGCCGAGGUGUCCAACUCGUGGAUGUGCCUGGGCGUCACCUACCGCCGCAGCCUGGCCCCCAGAGGCGGCCGCCCCUGCCACAGCAUCUUCUACUUGCUCGGCCGCAACCCCUACUCGUGGUGCUUGGAGUGGGACUCGCUCAAGUUCUCCGUGUGGCACAACAACACGCAGACCGUGCUGCACGGCGCCUACCACCGCACGCUCGGCGUGGCCCUGGACUGCGCGGCCGGCUGCCUGUCCUUCUACGGCGUGGCCGGCGGGGUGAGCCUCCUCUACCACUUCCUCGCCUCCUUCUUGGAGCCCCUCUACCCCGCCGUCAUGGUCAGCAGCGGGGCGUCCAUCACGCUCAAGCAGCACCCCGAGGCCUAGUCACGUCCGCCCGCUUGCUCACAGGGCAGUCAAUAAAGCAGGACUGGACGAUGGACGGGCCGGUGGCCUCCAGAGGGGGAGGUUCCCGCUAGGAAGGC